AUGGGGGAGUGGGCGUUCCUGGGCUCGCUGCUGGACGCCGUGCAGCUGCAGUCGCCGCUCGUGGGCCGCCUGUGGCUGGUGGUCAUGCUGAUCUUCCGCAUCCUGGUGCUGGCCACGGUGGGCGGUGCCGUGUUCGAGGACGAGCAGGAGGAGUUCGUGUGCAACACGCUGCAGCCCGGCUGCCGCCAGACCUGCUACGACCGCGCCUUCCCGGUCUCCCACUACCGCUUCUGGCUCUUCCACAUCCUGCUGCUCUCGGCGCCCCCCGUGCUCUUCGUCAUCUACUCGGUGCACCGCGCCGGAAAGCAGGCGGGCGGCGCACUGACCAGGGUCAGCCUUGUCACCAGUGGCCGGAAUUGCUCCCACAGCUUCUCUGCUCCCUGCAAUUCCAGUCCAAAUGGCUCACUCGCUGGCUUGAGAUCCUUCACUCCCAUUGCCUUCUCGGUCAAGUCCAGCUCCUGA